GGUUGUUCAUUUACCACGAAGUCAUAAAUAUCCUUUUCGCUGAUUGACUGAUUGACUGGUUGGCACACAGCAUUGGUUUGAAUUGGUAGCAGGUUCUGUUCACUCACAACCAUUGAACUAUAUAGUAGCUGUGAUUGGAGUAGCAGGCGCUGCCAGCUUGAGAAGAUCGACAAGUCCGAGAGUUCAACGAGGAAAGACAUGGUCCAACAAUUCCACGUGUGGAAUGCCAGAACGGCCCCUUCGGCCGGUGUGAAGGGCUACAUGAGCUAUCAGCAAGGGAGUACUAGGUACAGUACAAUUCACACUAGAUGGGAAAGCACAGAUGUAUCAACUACCGUCUAGUGCAAGUUGUGGUGCAUGGGGCGGCCCACCGUGACGUUUACCAUUCAGCAUCCCCCCACCAUACCCCCUCCCCCUCCUUAUCGUGCAGCUCUUCAGGAAUCGGUCUACCCACCCAUCUAGGAUUGCGGAUGGGUCACGUAAAAGCAGUCGCUCACUCAGCUCUAGUCAAGCUGAUUCCGCAAUCCGGGGGUCUCCUGAUAAUGAUUGCCGUGCCACGCGGAAGUCGACCUCCAUUACAGUUUGACAUGCUGACAACGUCUCACUUCAGGAAGACAAUUGGCCUUUUCCUGCGGUGCAGUGAAAUCGCGCCUUUCUUCAGGAUGUUAAUCUACAAAUCCUUUACCUUUCACGAGUACCUCAAGACAGAGGGAUUGACAGCCACCAUCAGAUCGAGCCUCCGCCCACCGUACCAACCACACAAUCGCUGCAUAUACCGGCGGGGCGGCAAGUCUUGGGUUGAGACGAUGUACAAGGGGCCUUGACUAGGUUAUCGAGCCAUAUGGCUCCUGCUACACAGGGUCCUUGAGUAGGUAGUCGUGGGGGAUGCCCGGCUUUUACCGCCAGUAGUCCGAUUAACCACCGCAUGUUUGUGAAAGGGGACAAAUAAAGGCUGUCUCCGAUUGACCUCGUUAUUCCCUAUGUAUGCAGUCAAUAAAUAUGGUUUAG